GGCAGAGACAGAGAGGCAGGGACAGUCUGCAAGCAGCACAUACAGUCACUCUGGGAUUACACUGCGCUGCAAAAAGGGAUUAUUCACCAGGAAAAUGUAAAGGAAAAGCAGAAGCAUCUUGUCAGGCUUGAAGCGAAUCCAAUCUGAAGACACACAGUUACACUGGAACUGGCUUUGACUUCCAGGCCAGUGUUAAAAGUCAGUGCCAAGCAUGCUGUUACUUACUCACUUGAUGAUGCCAGCAGUUGUCUUCCUAACGGCUUUGCUGUCCUCAGUGUUGGCUGAUACCACCAUUGAAGCCCCUCCAAGGUUCAUGAAAGUACCCAGUGACCAGAUAGGUGUUUCAGGAGGAGUGGCUUCAUUCGUCUGCCAGGCCACAGGAAGCCCCAAACCACGAGUUACCUGGAACAAGAAAGGAAAGCGAGUCAGCUCCCAGCGUUUCGAGGUGAUUGAAUUUGAUGAUGGUGCUGGAGCAGUCCUGAGAAUACAGCCCUUGAGGACUCCCAGGGAUGAAGCAGUUUAUGAGUGUCAAGCAACCAACGCGCUUGGCGAUGUAACUGCAACGGCAAAGCUCACUGUGCUAAGAGAGGACCAGUUGCCCUCGGGUUUCCCUAAUAUCGACAUGGGCCCCCAGCUGAAGGUGGUGGAGCGCACCCGCACGGCCACCAUGCUGUGUGCCGCCAGUGGAAACCCGGACCCCGAGAUCACCUGGUUCAAAGACUUCCUGCCGGUCGACCCCAGCUCCAGCACGCGCAUCAAGCAGUUACGGUCAGGUGCUCUGCAGAUCGAGAACAGCGAAGAAACUGACCAAGGGAAAUACGAGUGUGUGGCAUCGAACAACGCUGGGGUGCGGUACUCUCCUCCUGCUAAUCUAUACGUGAGAGUUCGGCGUGUUCCACCUAGGUUCUCCAUCAGUCCUCCGUUGAGCCAAGAGAUCGUGCCUGGUGGGAGCGUGAACAUCACGUGUGUUGCUGUGGGUUCCCCCAUGCCUUAUGUGAAAUGGAUGCUGGGAACUGAAGAUUUGACCCCAGAAGAUGACAUGCCUGUUGGCCGCAAUGUUCUAGAACUUAACAGUAUCCAAGAGUCUGCUAAUUACACCUGUAUGGCAAUGUCUAGUCUUGGAAUAAUCAAGACAAUGUCACAAAUUAUUGUUAAAGCACUACCAAAGCCCCCUGGAACUCCGAUUGUAGUGGAGACAACUGCCACCAGUGUGACGCUAACAUGGGAUUCCGGCAAUCCAGACCACAUCAAUUACUAUAUUAUUGAAUACAGGCCCAAGAAUUCCGAUGUCCUCUACCAAACCAUUGACGGCAUCCAGACCCUACGCUAUAGCAUCGGCGGACUGAGCCCUUACUCUGAUUAUGAGUUUAAAAUCUCUGCUGUCAAUUCCAUUGGUCAGGGCCCACCCAGUGAGAUAGUGGAGACCAGGACUGGUGAGCAGGUUCCCUCCAGCUCCCCACGGAACGUCCAAGCACGGAUGCUGAGCGCGACUACCAUGCUGAUUCAAUGGGAGGAGCCCGAAGAGCCAAACGGACAAAUCCGGGGAUACCGGGUCUACUACACCAUGGAGCCCCUCCAGCCUGUGAGUAACUGGCAGAAGCAGAACCUCGAUGACAGCCUUCUGACAACCGUGGCCAGCUUGAUACCACAGACAACAUACAGCGUCAAGGUCUUGGCUUUCACCUCUGUCGGGGAUGGUCCACUCUCACCCGAGAUUCAGGUCAAAACUCAGCAAGGAGUUCCUGGACAACCAAUCAACUUCAGAGCCACUCCUAAAUCUGAGACAAGUAUUGAGUUACAGUGGACUGCACCCAGACAGGAUGACAUCAUUGAUUAUGACUUGUUCUACCGUGAUGAAGAACUGGGAAAGGAGGAAGUGAUAACGUUUCAGCCAAGCACAUCAUACACCGUGACUGGGCUCCGUCCCAACACUCUGUACUACUUCUGGUUGGCUGCGCGCUCCACGCAUGGCCUUGGCGUUUUCACCUCCGAGAUCUCUGCACAGACCCUCCAGGCCAAACCAUCAGCCCCUCCUCAAAAUGUAAAGUGCACCAGUCCCAGUUCCACCAGCAUUCUGGUAAGUUGGUGGCCACCGCCACCAGAGAGUCAAAAUGGCGAGCUGGCAAAGUACAGUAUCAGGUACCAAGCGCUGGAGGGAGAGGAUACGCAGAUCCACGAGGUGAAGGACAUUCCACCAGCGACCACGGAGAUGCGGCUGGAGACCUUGUCGAAAUGGACUAAGUACCGGGUGACUGUGAUCGCACACACAGUGGUGGGACCAGGCCCAGAGAGCACACCCGUAAUCAUUCGCACAGACGAAGAUGUGCCCAGUGCUCCCCCUCGUAAAGUGGAGGUUGCAGCUUUAAACUCCACCGCCUUGAAGGUAAACUGGCGGUCUCCCAUCCCGAACAAACAGCAUGGCCAGAUCCGGGGCUACCAGGUGCACUACGUGGAAGUGGAGGAUGGAGAGGCCAGGGGACGACCACUGAUAAAGGAUAUCAUGCUGGCCGACGCACAGUGGGAGACUGACGACACUGCAGAAUAUGAGAUGAUCAUCUCUGGGCUGCAGCCAGAAACAACAUACUCCAUCACUGUGGCAGCCUACACGACAAAAGGCGAUGGUGUGCGCAGCAGGUCCAAGUUGGUGGUCACCAAAGGGUCAGUUCCCAACAGACCCACACUUACAGUCCAUUUAGUGCAAGAGAACACAGUCGUGUUAGAAUGGCAGCCUCCUUCGGAGAUGUUUGGACAGCUUCUUGGCUAUCAGCUUCGGCUAGGGCGUACGGACGUAUCGCCCCUGACGACCCUGGAUUUCUCGGACCACGAACAUCAGUACUUGGCCCACAGCUUACACAAAGGUGCCACCUACGUGUUCAGGCUGGCAGCCCGCAAUGGCGCUGGUGUCGGGGUGGAGGAUGUCAAGCAGCUCACACUCCCAGAAGAUGUGCCCAAAGGCUACCCACAGAUCCUGGACUUGGCAAAUGUCACCACCUCAUCUGUUCAGUUUGGCUGGCUGCCCCCAGUGUUGGCAGAAAGAAAUGGCAUCAUCACUUCAUACACUGUCUCCUGGAGACAGGCAGGUGCCCAGAGCAAUCCCUCCGAAGUGUCCACCAGAUCCUCCCAGACUAGCCUCACACUGGACAGCCUUAAACCGGAUACCAGUUAUGACAUUAAAGUCAGGGCACACACCAUUAAAGGCCCUGGUCCUUACAGUCCUGCUGUUCAGUAUCGGACCAUGCCAUUGGAUCAAGCAGUUUUCCCCAAAAAUUUCCGAGUAAAACUUGCAAUGAAGACCUCUGUGUUGCUUAGCUGGGAAAUUCCAGAACACUACGACUCUCCCAUUCCAUAUAAGAUCCAGUACAAAAACGGCCAGUCUGUAGUCGAGGUGGAUGGGCGAGCCACCAAGAAGCUGAUCACCAACCUUGAACCGGACAAAGAGUACUCAUUCGUGCUAACAAACCGUGGCAACACGGUGGGUGGGUUGCAGCAAACGGUAUCGGCCCGCACUGCACCAGCCAUCCUGGGCACUAAGCCGUACUUCAUCAAGAAGGUGGAGCCCGAUGGGACCCUGUUAGUCCGGAUGCCUAAGGUGGAGACAGUGACACCAGUCAUAGCCUAUUACAUCAUUGUGGUUCCGCUGAAGAAAUCACGCGGCAAGUUUAUCAACACCUGGCACAGUCCUGAUGAGAUGGAUCUGGAAGAGCUUCUUCAGGACCUGAUGCGUCGCCGACGCAGAAGUCUCCGUACCCGACGCCAGCCGGGUCAUGCCAAGCCCUAUAUAGCAGGUCGCUUUGACAAUCUCCCGCAGGAGUUCAUUCUUGGUGACAAACAAUUUUAUGGUGGGUUUGAAAACAGGCCACUCGAGCAGGGUAACAAAUAUGUCUUCUUCAUCCUGGGCGUCCUGGACAUUCCAGAAGCGAAGAUGUUUGCAGCAAGCCCAUACUCUGACCCCAUCCUGUCUGCGGACCCUGACCCACAGCCUAUCAUUGACGGAGAAGAGGGUCUGAUCUGGGUGGUGGGCCCAGUGUUGGCAGUGGUCUUCAUCAUCUGCAUUGUAAUCGCCAUUCUAUUGUACAAGAAAAAACGCAAAGAAAGUGAUCCCAGAACGAAGUGCCUUCUUAACAAUGCAGAAGUGCCAUCCCAUCAUCCCAUGGACCCGGUCGAAAUGAGGCGCAUUAACUUUCAGACGCCAGAAUCUGUUGUCAGCAGUCCCCUCAGUGAACCUGAAUUUGCAAGCAUGAUGAGCCAUCCACCAAUUCCCAUUACAGAGCUUGCCGACCAUACGGAUCAUCUGAAAGCAAAUGACAACCUCAAGUUUUCACAAGAGUAUGAGUCAAUUGACCCAGGCCAGCAGUUCACGUGGGAACAUUCAAACAUGGAGGUGAACAAACCCAAAAACCGUUAUGCCAACGUGAUUGCAUAUGACCAUUCCAGAGUUAUCUUGGCACCAAUUGAAGGUAUCUCGGGCAGUGAUUACAUCAAUGCAAACUAUAUCGAUGGCUACCGGAAGCAGAAUGCCUACAUCGCCACACAGGGACCUCUGCCAGAGACGUUUGGGGAUUUCUGGCGAAUGGUCUGGGAGCAGAGAAGUGCAACUAUCGUCAUGAUGACAAAACUGGAGGAAAAAUCUCGGGUGAAGUGCGAUCAAUACUGGCCCAGCCGGGGAACAGAUACCUAUGGAAUGAUACAGGUGACUCUGUUGGACACCAUUGAGUUGGCCACCUUCUGUGUUCGUAAUUUCUGCCUACACAAGAAUGGCUCCAGUGAGAAGCGUGAGGUUCGUCAGUUUCAGUUCACGGCUUGGCCUGACCACGGUGUUCCCGAGUAUCCUACUCCUUUCCUAGCGUUCCUCAGAAGAGUGAAAACCUGCAAUCCUCCCGACGCUGGCCCCGUGGUGGUGCACUGCAGUGCUGGAGUUGGUCGGACUGGCUGUUUCAUUGUCAUUGAUGCCAUGCUAGAGAGAAUAAAACAUGAGAAGACGGUUGACAUCUAUGGCCAUGUGACGCUGAUGAGAUCACAACGGAACUACAUGGUGCAGACGGAGGACCAGUAUAUUUUUAUUCAUGAUGCACUGCUGGAAGCAGUGGCUUGUGGGACCACUGAGGUGAUGGCCAGGAACUUGUACUCUUACAUCCAGAAACUCACGCAGGUUGAAACAGGGGAGCAUGUCACAGGCACGGAACUAGAGUUCAAGCGUCUGGCCAAUUCCAAAGCUCAUACGUCCCGAUUCAUAAGUGCCAAUCUUCCAUGUAAUAAGUUUAAGAACCGCCUUGUCAACAUUAUGCCGUAUGAGACGACAAGAGUGUGUCUACAGCCAAUCCGUGGGGUGGAAGGAUCUGACUACAUCAAUGCUAGCUUUAUCGAUGGAUACAGACAACAGAAAGCAUACAUUGCCACGCAGGGUCCUUUAGCAGAGACUACAGAGGACUUCUGGAGAAUGUUAUGGGAGAACAACUCCACCAUUGUUGUUAUGCUUACCAAACUGCGAGAAAUGGGCCGUGAGAAGUGUCACCAGUACUGGCCAGCUGAACGAUCCGCCAGGUAUCAGUACUUUGUCGUGGAUCCGAUGGCAGAGUACAACAUGCCACAGUACAUCCUCCGCGAGUUCAAAGUCACAGAUGCAAGGGAUGGCCAGUCGCGGACUGUCCGGCAGUUCCAGUUUACAGACUGGCCAGAGCAAGGAGUGCCAAAAUCCGGCGAGGGUUUCAUUGACUUUAUUGGGCAAGUGCAUAAAACUAAGGAACAGUUUGGCCAAGAUGGUCCCAUCUCAGUUCACUGCAGUGCUGGAGUUGGCCGGACUGGGGUCUUUAUCACACUCAGCAUUGUCUUGGAAAGAAUGAGGUACGAAGGGGUGGUGGACAUUUUCCAGACUGUCAAGAUGCUCCGAACACAGCGACCAGCCAUGGUACAGACAGAGGAUGAAUAUCGGUUCUGCUAUCAAGCGGCAUUGGAGUACCUUGGGAGUUUUGAUCAUUAUGCAACGUAAAAAGCCAUUGAUCAUCAAACUCAACAGGCCACAAUGGACACGGAGCACCUCUUCUGAGCUACAUAGCGUGCUUGAAAAGUACUUUAACUCUAACCACCGCCGGGGAAAGAUAUUUCAGAUGGACCCUAAGGGAACUCAAUGUUGUAACCCAGAAGAGAAGAAGGACCCUGGUCUAUUGGGGGAUCAUUUUAAUUAUUGGACAAGUCCUAUUUACCUCAAGUGUUCAACUGUGGUGAAAUGGAUCUCGAAUUACUCUGUGGACUGUCUGAUGAAAUAUCAAGGACACACAAGCAAAAAGUCAUUCAGAAAGUGGAUGAAGGGAAAACAUGAAAAGAUGGGAUCCUGUCUUUGGUUACAUCAUUAGAGUUCUGCUUGCUUAAAAAAAUCCUUUUAUUAAUCAAAGCUGUGAGAAAAAAAAGCAUUAAAGGAGACUGCUCACAAAACCACAUUUACUGCAGAGGCUCUUUCUGCUUGGUUUUGUCUACUGUGUAGUCAUUUAAGGAUCACAUUUUUUUCUCUCUCUCUUGCAAUAGUCCCUGGGUCAUGCUUCAUCUAAGCAUGUUCUUCAUCUGUGCCUUCUCCUUAUAUUAGAUCCCAUUAUGAACUGAUAGGUCUUUUCAUGAUUAUGCCACAUGUUUUUAUAAUUUGAGUAACAUGAGCGAACUGCACAUCGAGAGCAUCCUUUCAAGAGAUGUGCAUGGUUAUGAAAAUGAAGUAAGUUGUCCCUUCGUUCUAGUUGAAAAUCCAAGGCAGGUCGAAAGACAUCACCUCAGUUGGUGAUUCCUACAUGCCAAAAGAACAAGGGACAGGGGGCUCUUUUUGGAGACUUGCAGUGGAGAUGGUAUGAGAGAGCACAGGAGGAGUUGUUUCAUAGUGCACUCAUUUUGUUUGGGAGAAAAAAGAACCGAGAAAGAUCCUUGCUUUCCCUUUAGAGUGAGGGAUUGUAUACACUGCGGUCUGUUGAGAAGAGAACAGGAAAUAAUACCUAAGCAAAGGAAAGAAUAAAUUAGAAAAAUAAUUUAGAAUAAAUUAGAAACAUAAGGUUCCAAACUGAGACACCAAUGUAUCCCGAACACAAAAAUAAUCCAAGUUUUUCAUCUAUCUGGUAAUCAAGUUAAGGAGGAGGCAUUGUAAUUUUCAUCAGAUAUUUAAAAAUGAUGAUUGUAAUGGCAGAGCAAAACAUGGUUCCACUCUUCUAACGGUUGAAUCGGGAGCCGGUGAAGAGUUUUAAUCCAUUUUCAUCUCAGUAUUUCCAUUAGGAAUUCUGGCCUUGGUAGUCUGGGACCUAUCCUUCCACUGUUGGGAUGGCACUAGUGAGAUCUAAUCACUCAUUUCUGGCAUUAUUUUAUCACCUUCCUGCACUAAAAUGCAAUAAUCUUUCUAAUUGUCAUUGUCUGGGAGAGAGUGUGGAAAAUGGCCGGAUUAAAGCCUCUUCUGGUUAGAUUUUUUUAAAUCUAAUACGUGAAAACAAAAAUACUGAAUACAUUUCUGUUGAAUGUUUUGUAAUGCUUUUGAAGCAAGUAUUCUUUUUUCAAUUCCCAGUCAUACCACAGCCUCCUGCUCCCCACCAACCAAUUUAUCUUGCUAGCUCCCAGCCUUACAUUGAACACCACAAGCUCGAUGGAUGGCUUGCUACAUGGCCACUCAUCCAAUCUCAUCAGUAUCCUUCAAAAUGAUUGUUUGAGAAGAAGGUCUUUAACAACCUUGUGUUUCUAAACAUCGCACUCCAAGGCAUAAAGCACUGUGAUAUUGAAAGUAUGUUUGGUGUUCAUCGUAGUCUUGGUGACAUCAAAGUAAAGGAAGGACGGGUUUGGACAGGUAUUACAUGAAAUAGAGUAGGGUCUUUGUAUAAUUUGUAGCUAUGUGUAUAUUCAUGUGUGGAAAGAAUUAUUGCAAUACCUUCACUUCUAAAAGGGGAACAUUCAGGUGACAUUAGAAGGCAAUUAAAGAUUUUAAUUUGUAAUGUCGAGCCAACUAAUUGAACCCACUGAUAGAUGAGCACCAAAUGCCAGUUUCCAAUACAAGUAUCUUCAUGUGAAUAAUGUCAGGCAAAUUGACAAGGUGUUGUUAACCCAGUGAUUGUUAUCUUGGAAAAAAAUGGUGCAGCCAAGAAUGAUUUCUCUUUAAAACUUCAUGCAGACAACACUUACAUUUCUUUCUCAUUGUAAAAGGUUUUCUAUCAGGCUUGAUACCCACCUUAUAACAUAUGGUUUUGUAUUCUGACCAAGCAUCCCCACCUAAGAUCUGAGCUUUAUGAAUGUCAAAAAAUCAUUGAACUUUUUAAAAUCUGUCCUUGAGCAGAAAUUUCAGCCAGGAAUGAGGGUGGAAGGGUGUGAGAUAUGAUCCUUAAUUUGGAUGGUUAUUUGCUAUAUCCAACAAUAAUCUGACCUGACUGUGAACCCCCAGUGUAGAGCAGCUUCUAUUAUAGUCCAUGUUUUUGUAAUAGUAAGCCUUCUUAUUUACCCUUUCAUAAAAUUGGUGAUUAUACUGUAUGUCUGUCAUUAAUAAUGAAUCCUAUGUUGUUUCUGGAACUGCCAUUUUCCCAUCCUAAUAGACAGCAGUACAUAGUGGGAUGGUGUUGGGAGGUGUGUGUGUACACACCAGACACAGGGUGACAGUGUUAGGAAGUGUGUGCCCUUUCCUGAGAAGUACACAAGGACUACCAACCCAAUCUCUGCUUUCCCUCAACCCCAUGCAAAAAUGGAUUGUGUCCGGAAAGAUCAUCUUUCCCACGUAGUCUUGGUCCUGCUAAUUAGAAAUACAUAACCAUAGAGAGGUUCGCCUUCAUCAAAGAGAAAAAAGAUAAGUCAAUCUAGAUGACCUCAGCAGAUGAGAAAAUUAAGGCAAAAGAAAACAAAACCAGAUUGAUUUUGUGAGUAAUUUUCUUAAAUCUUUUGUGCUUUGUAACAUAUGACAAACAUAAUCUUUUUUUUAAUUGUGUAUUUGUUCCUUUUUUAACAAAAAUCUGUCAAAUUAAAAGAAACAAAAAAAGCAUUUAAAAUACAUUUAUUUGUUCAUAUUAUGUUUAAAGACAGUCUAUUUUUUCACUGUAGAAAUGUUUGUGACUGGCUAUAUAUCAUUGGAUUCCAAAUGUUAAAAGAGCUUUCUUUAUACCAUUUUAAGAAUGUGCUCCAUUUUUCAAGAUUGCUUUCCUGCUUUGUUUUGCCCCAAUUGGAACUCAGUUAUGUUGGGAUAAACAGAAACUUGCCUGGGGCUCGAGACUGCUACCUGGUUUACUCUGACGUGUUCCUUGUCAAUGUCUGUGAUGAAUUUACUCAAUAACUUGUGAAAGUUGCCAGACUUAAUCAGUAUGAGACAGCCAAAUUAAUGAGAUGUUGAAUAAAAAAACAAAGGAACUGUCAUUUGUAUGAGGGCCAAGUGAUUAUUGCUUUUGAACAAAUGUUACUUAUAACUGAAAAUAUAAUUGGUUAUAAAAACCACUGUGUAUGUAGAUAUGUUGACUUUGUAUUAAAGGAAGAUUGUCUGGAGAAAUUGUA